AUGCAACUCUCUUUGACUCAACUAUGCUCCUGGGCACUCCUGCUGCUGCUACUGUCAAACCUGCUUCUGUGGGAGAGUGUGGCCUCUGUGCGCAUGUGUGAAGUAAUAAAUGGGCAAUGCCAGCUGACACUCGAGCACUUGUUUAAUCAGGCACGUGGCUUAUCUGAGAACACCAGUCGCCUCACUUCAGAAAUAUUCAAUGAGUUUGAUAAAGUACGCUCUUCAGUUCCUGGCCUCUGGGGCAAAAUCCCCCUGGUGUGCAACAAUCAUUCCCUCCCUAUUUCAAAUAAGACAACAGAAGAACAAGAGAUUCAGGUCCGCUUGAAAAUGACCAUAGGUAUGUUGCUUGGCUGGAAAAACACUCUGAGGCAUGUAGCAGCAGAUAUUGCUGAUCUGAAAUCAAUCCCUAAAGUUGGAGCUUUCAUAUCUAAUGUCAGAAAAAUAGCUGCAAAAUUCACAAGACUCACAAGAAUAUUAAAGGAAGUUAAGUCAUUGCUCAGACUGGUUCGUCUUGAGCCUGAGGAAGAUAAAGACUACCCUCCCUUACCUGGACUCCCAGCAUUACAUCUGCUAACUAACCCUUCUCGCCUUACCAUCUAUCAUUCCAUUCUGGGCUGUGUGAACUAUGAUGCAGAAAAGAUUACAGCUCAUUUGAAGAUCCUGAGAUGCAAAAUGAUCCCCAGAAAGUGUUAA